GAGGCGGAGUUGGCAGUGUCUGGAACGCGAGCUCCACAUGCCACCGCUUAAGCUCUUACUGUCACUAAGCGGAGAUCACAACACAUUGCGCUUCACUCCCCCGCGGCAACCAUCAUGGCGACCUCCGCAGCAAGUCUGUCUGCAGAUGAACGGGCCCGAGCAGAAGAUUAUUUGAACGAUAAGAUCCAGGUAUCUGCAGACUUGGAGAAUUUGGAUGCGUUGCUCUCAAGCUUGCGUGCUCAACAUGAGCUUCAACAGAAGCAGUUAUCAGAAGCCCAGAAAGUGCUUUCCGAUGCCACAAAAGCGCGCGAUGACCAUGUCGAGGCCUUGCGGCAGCGAGCCGAAACGUUCAACGAGCAACAAGCGGACAUCGACCAACGGUUGAAGGAAAUUACCCAGUCCGAAACGAGUGAUCAGGCAGUGCAGAAGUUUGAAACAAGUAUGGAGAAAUUGCAAAAGCUGGAAAUUUCGACAGGUUAUGUCGAGCUUCUCCAAGAGGUGGAAGAGUUGAGCAAGGAAUCAUUGCAGAUUAUCGAAUCUACCCCACUUCUGGCUCUAAAGCCAUAUGCCCGACUGAGGGAUAUUGUCCUCGCCUUGCGAAAUGCUCAGCCUGCUGCCGAGGGCGCGGCUCCUCACCUGAUCGACCAUGCCGAACAGUUGGCAUUGGCAUUGAAGAAGCAAAUAAAAGACAAUUUCAACGGACGUCUCCAAAGUACGCUUGAGAAAAUGAAGUGGCCAUCAAAGAGUCUUGUUCUUACAGAUGACUUGAUCGCGGAGUGGACGAACCAUGUUGAGUUACUUCUGGAAUUGCAGAUACCCGAGCUUGAGCAACGGGGUUCUGGUCCUGAAUCCCCGGCUGUAUCUCCUCCUAUUCUCUUCCCCCUCGAGGUGAUGGUCCAUCCACUUGAGCUUCGGUUCAAGUACCAUUUCAGCGGUGACAAACCAACGAACAAACUUGACAAGCCUGAAUAUUUCUUAUCACAUAUCCUGGACCUGGUUAACAAUGAGAGUGGUUUCUUUGCGCAAUACCUUCAGCCUAUUUUAGAUAAAAAGUCUCAAGCCGUGAAACCUGAACUGGCAUGGAACUUUUUUGAUGCUUCUCAUGCAUUUAUUACGGCGCUGUUGCCAAUUAUCAGGAGCAAAAUAAGCACAUUUCUUCCUCAGAUUUCAAAUUAUCCUCAACUUCUCAGUCACUUUGUUCACGAGGUGAUGAAGUUCGACAACGAGAUCUGUGAGACAUGGAAUUAUUUGCCAGACCCAUACAGUAACGAUAGAUGGGAGGGAAUGGCCUGGGAGGUCUUGACCAACCAGGGCUGGUUUGAUCGUUGGCUCCAGGUCGAGAAGGAUUUCGCCUUGGCUAGGUACAAGGAAAUUAUCGACGCCGCAGACAGUGGCCAUAUCGAUUAUGACGGUGUUGAGCAUGUGGCUUCUAAGCCCACAAAAGCCGCGAUUCGUGUCAACGACCUCCUUGAAACGAUCACAGAGCGUUACCAACCACUGACGUCUUUUGGCCAAAAGUUACGAUUCCUCAUUGACAUUCAAAUCACCAUUUUCGAUCAGUUCCAUGAACGCUUGCACUCCGCUUUGGAAGCGUACCUCGCGAUGACCUCGGCCCUUGGCCGCACUGUGCAGGGUGCUGACGGCCAAGCCAGCGUGGAAGGCGUUGCCGGCCUAGAGCGCCUGUGUCGGGUCUUUGGCAGCGCAGAAUACCUUGAGAAGAAAAUGCAAGACUGGAGCAACGAUGUGUUUUUCGUGGAGCUCUGGUCGGAACUUCAGGAACGGGUUCGACAAAAUAAAGACAACGGCCAGAACGUCGCGGGUACCAUGUCAGUCGCGGAUGUAGCGUCACGCACUUCCCAAGCUGUAGCAGAAAACCAUGCUCAUGGGAAGGACUCAAAGUCCGAGGGUGCUCUUUUCGACGAGACAGCAUCUGCAUACAGUCGACUGCGGCUCCGGUCAGAAGCCAUUAUCACAUCCACGCUAAUAUCCAACACGAUCUCUGCGCUCAAGCCAUACUCUCGGACGGCCACAUGGGCGACUUUAUCGGCGAGUUCCUCCUCGCCAGAAACUCUUAUCCCGCCUUCUGCAGAUCUCGCGGCAGCAACACGGACUUUGUCCACGAACAUCGCCUUCCUCUCCCGCGCCUUAGGUAUCGCCCCCUUACGACGCAUCGUCCGCCAGCUCCUCCUCUCUAUUCAGAGCUUUAUCUGGGACAACGUUCUCUCGCGACACUCUUUCUCUGAUGCGGGCGCUUCCCAAAUGACCAGUGACAUCAAUCAUCUCUGCGACGUUAUCGAUAUGGCUGUUGGGCACGCCGGCCGCCGCGGCGACUCGGAACGAGGAAUGAAGAAGCUCUAUGAGGGCCUCGUGCUGCUGUCUCUCAGCGCCCACACGACUGACAGCAAGCUCCCCGGUGAAACAGGCGAGGGUCAACAACAGCCUCUAGAGACUGGCGAAGAGGCUCAACUGUCGCUGUGGGAGGUGGAGAAGAGGCUUUUCAAAGACAACGAGAGCGCUAGAGCCGUGCUCGCGGAACUCAAAAUCGAGAUUCUCACGGAAGCAGAGUCCCGGACGGUGGUGGAAAGAAGAGUGGAAAUUGGAAGUCAAUGAUUAUGCUGGUCUAUAUACUCGGGCGAGGCUUUACGGCCUGUACCUUAACUAUCAACUAGGAAAAGUUAAUUCAAGGGCAUACUUAUACAGCCGAGUUCUAG